AUAAAAAAUCGCGUGCAUUGAAUUUGGCAACUCUGUUUUUCUUUAUCUCCCAAUUCCUCCAAUUUUGUUUCCCUUUCUGGUUCUGAAUUUCUAUACAUAUUAUAAUUAGAAAAAUAAAUACCCUCCAUUUUUAGGGUUUUGUAAUUAGAAAAAAUCUCCAAUUUUUAUCAACUUUCAUGGCUGAAUUCGAAGAUCUCGGAGUUGACAUCAGUUCGGAUAUUGAAGUUGAUGACAUAAGGUGUGAUAAUAUUGCUGAGAAAGAUGUUAGUGAUGAAGAGAUUGAUUCGGAGGAGCUUCAGAGGCGAAUGUGGAAGGAUCGUAUUAAGCUCAAAAGGAUUAAGGAGAAGCAAAAACUUGCAGCUCAACAAGCUGCAGAUAAGCAGAAGUCGAAGCAGAUGUCUGAUCAGGCGCGAAGAAAGAAAAUGUCGAGAGCACAAGAUGGGAUUCUUAAGUACAUGUUGAAAUUAAUGGAGGUUUGUAAAGCGCGGGGUUUUGUGUAUGGUAUUAUUCCUGAGAAGGGUAAGCCGGUUAGUGGCUCUUCUGAUAAUAUACGAGCUUGGUGGAAAGAAAAGGUGAAGUUUGAUAAGAAUGGGCCGGCAGCCAUUGCGAAAUAUGAAGCUGAAUGUUUAGCCAUGGGGGAGUCUGAUAAAAACCGAAAUGGGAAUUCGCAAAGUGUUCUUCAAGACCUACAAGAUGCGACGUUGGGAUCUCUGUUGUCUUCUUUGAUGCAGCAUUGUGACCCUCCUCAAAGGAAGUAUCCUUUGGAAAAAGGGGUAUCGCCGCCUUGGUGGCCUACUGGUAAUGAAGAGUGGUGGGUGAAGUUAGGACUACCGCAAGGACAAAGUCCUCCUUAUAAAAAGCCACAUGAUUUAAAAAAGAUGUGGAAAGUAGGGGUUUUAACAGCUGUUAUAAAGCAUAUGUCCCCUAAUAUCGGAAAAAUUAGGAGGCAUGUUCGCCAGUCAAAAUGCUUACAGGAUAAGAUGACUGCAAAGGAGAGCGCAAUCUGGUUGAGUGUGUUGAGUCGAGAGGAAUCCCUCAUUCAGCAGCCCAGCAGUGAUAAUGGAAAUUCCGGCGUAACUGAAAUGCCUCAAGGUGGUCGUGGUGAAAAGAAACAACCUGCUGUUAGUAGUGACAGUGAUUAUGAUGUUGAUGCAGUUGACGACGGCAUGGGUUCUGUCUCGUCUAAGGAUAACAGGAGAAAUACACCAAUGGAUGUGGAGCCAUUAAGAAGUGUUCAAAAUGAUACUACCUGUGCUGUCAAGGAUAAAGAGCAAGGGAGAAAACCUCAUAAGAGAAAGAGGCCACCUGAGAAAAGCCAUACCGAGCAACAAUCUGGACCGCCUCUCAGUAAGCAUGCACUCACUGAGGAAGUAAACGCUUUGCCUAGUAUAAACCAUAAUGAUUUCUCACUAGUCGAAUAUCAGAUAAACGGAAGUGAACAAGUACCCGAUACAACUACUAAUUUAAGGGAUUUGGAGAAAGGUCUUGAGACCGGACCUUGUCUAGCUCCGCCGGAAUUGGACUACUUCCACACGGUUCCAUCUGCCAACGAUAGUAUGGUGGGGGGCAUGUUUGUGGACGGAAGGUCCAUGUUUUAUCCAGGCUUGCAACAUUCUGAGUUGCAUCAAGGAGGUGCCUAUUAUCUCCAGAAUCCGCCACUUGAAUGUGGACCUUCUCACGAUGGGCAGAUGUCUCAAAGGGCAAUCGAUGCCCCUCAGAUCGUACAACAGGAUGGCAGAAGUCAUGCUCCACCGCCACAUAACAAUGUAAAUGAGAUCGGUGGACGAGAAUUGUAUCAUUUUGUUCAAGAGUUUCCCAGUGAACAAGAAAGACGUUUUAGCCCUCCACCAAGUCUCUUGCCAUUAGAAUAUCCGAUCAGUCCUUUUACUUUUGACCUUGAGAGCUUUUUCAAUAACGAGGAGGAUGAUUUGAUGCCAUGCUUUGGUGCAUAGUUCUCGGAAAAUGCUUGUCAGAUUAUAGAUUGUGAGUGAUGUCUAUAUAAUCUGUAAUCCAACUUUAGCUUCCAUGGGUAAAAUCCGUCUGCUUACUCUUGCUACUUUCAUGACCCGGGUGCCAGCCAAAAAAGCAGUGAAGACAAGCUGCCACUACAGUGGUCAUCAUAUUUGCAGUUUGAGACUGUAAGUUAUGAACAUAAUUUGCUCAGUUUUUCUUCCUAAAUUUCAUAACUUAUUAAUGUUAUAACAAAAAGGAAGAGUCAUAUGAGUAUGUUUAAUUCUUUAUAGUUGGCAAGUUUUCCUCAAUGGAAUGACACUUGAGGAAGUAGUGUAAAUGGAUUAAUGUACUGAACUUGAAAAAUUAUGAUAAUUCCUUGUUGUACUUGGAUUGAUGACCGCGGAUGCGUUGGUUGUCUCUUCCCUUCUGUGCCAAUAAAGCCUGACAUUAUAUUCUUUUAUGUUAGUUUUCUUCUUGAUUAA